AUGAUCUUCGACAGCUCUGCUAGUGGUUCCGACAACAUGCAUACCAUGCAGCAGGAAAUUGGCACCGUGCAAACCUUGGACGAGUCCCCACCAAUCUUCACGAGGUUGCAGAUUCCAGACCCAACAGCCGUCAACAACCAGAUCGUGGUUACGUUCAAGCUCAACGAGGCCCUGCACUGGUGCUUCGCAGCCGCGUCUUUACGCGUUCGUCACGUGGAAAGGAGCGACUCGGCCGAGCCAACGUUGCACAUCAAUCAGAUCCUGUCCGCAGACUUCUCCCAGGAAAUCUUCGAUCCCGUCAAUGACGUGGGGACGAUCACGAUCACAAGUCUGGAGGCGCGCGAUCCCUCCAGUGUGCUCUACGAAGCCUCCCAGUACGACGUGUACUGCUGGGCUAAAGACAGUGCUGUGGACACGCAUGGCUUCGCACGUCCCAACUACAUGUCCCAAAGCACGGUGGAGACGGCGGUUGGAGCCGAUGUCAACAACCCGUCUGGAGGGCUCACGGAGAAUGUCUGGAUCACAGACACUACGCCGCCAACCAUCAUCGUGGUAUCUCGUGAGGCCUUGGGCGAAUCACACAUCCAGGUCACCUUGCAGCUCAACGAGCCUGGCACUGUGUGGUGCCAAGUGGCAGAUCAGGACGGCUCCCCGACUGGCACGAGAUAUUGCCAGAACAGCGCGAUCGACUUCCUGACGUCCUCGGACCCGUGCUACUAUGAAACAUGGAUUCAAGGUGUCAAUCGUGGGGGUUCCGACUCUACCGUUUUCAUGGAGGAGGUGCAUGUUCCGUACCAGGACUUCGACAUUGACAUGACCCGCAUUGAGAAGGUCACGGCCACUGUCGCUGGAGAGGCCAUGGUGGGCAAUUACUUCUACUACGUCUGGUGUUUCGCCCAAGAUGACUGGGUGAACCAGGCUCCGACGCCCUCACCUUCGCCGUCCUUCGUAGCGCCUGUGAAUCCCAACAAGGUCCAGCAGGCCCACAUGACUGCAGUGAACUUGGCCAUCGGGCAGGUGACAACACUCGACCAGACACCACCUACGUUCACAGGAACUCCAGUGAGCGCCGCUCUGUCCGAAACCUCAUUGCAGAUCACGCUCGGCUUGGACGAAGCAGGCACCAUCUGGUGCAUGCCUGUGCGGUCAACCUUUGCCGAGCCAAGCAUAAACGAGAUUCUCCAGAACAACGAAUACGACGUCGACUGCUUCACCGCCGCUUGCACGGUCACCAUGGCGAAUCUCGAUGCCAAGACCUUGCCGGUGGCUCAGGCUAACUCACACAGGUACGACAUUUGGUGCUACGCGGAGGAUGACAAUGUCUAUCCGCAAAUUCCCAACGGCCAGAAGUUCGUCGCCGGUGAUGUGGUCACCCUGAGCACUCAGGACACAACUCCGCCGGUUCUCACCAUCGUCUCGGCCGAGUCGCCUAUCAGUUCGGAUAUCCGGAUCAAGGUCAAGAUGGACGAGCCAGGAACAGUGUACUGCAACUCCUUCCAAUCGUCAACAGCCUAUGGCACGCCAACCUUUGCAUCUGUUGCUGGUGGCGGCUUUCAGUCGUACGUUGGCUUCCCACUGCUGUCGCCGAACAGUCCAGUGAACACCAAUGUGGAGGUUGUUGUCUCUGGCUUGAAUGAGUUGACGCUUUACGACACGUACUGCGCAGCGGUUGAUGCUUCCACCCUGCCGACGGUCAACGAGAUGACACAGGCUUCGAUUCUGAACACCUUCCCAGCCAUAGGCCAGCUCACGACCCUGGAUCAAUCGCCUCCUGUCUUCACCGAGCUCGGUGCGAAGGGCACCACGGAGAACAACAUCCAGGUUACCUUCAAGUGCAACGAGGCCUGCAGGGCUUACUGUCGUGUCACUCGAAGCGACUCCGGCGAGACGAGCCUCAGCGUCAACCGCAUCCUCAAGGCCGACUACUAUGCGGACCAGACCGGAGGGGCAGGGCUCUCUGCAACGAUCGACCUGGCGCGGUUGGAGAACGACGUCAGCUUGGACCUGCUUGACCGGGGCACUCUGUACGACGUCUACUGUUGGAGCCGCGACGAAGCUGUUCAGUACUCCUGCUACGCGCAGGCGCCGAGUGCCUCGUGUACGACCUACCCCAGGAACAACUACCAGGACCAAACCUAUGUCGACACCGCCUUCGGCGGGACACCGCCGGCGACGGUCACCAACGGGGAUAGCAGUCCCGAGAAGUUUUCGCGGUUGACUGAGGAAGUCAGAACUCCAGACACAACGCCGCCCACCAUCACUUUCGUGGAAGCGGAGUCGACGGAGGAGUCCUCCAUCACCGUUACGCUUCAGCUGGAUGAGCCAGGGACAGCGUAUUGCAAGGCCUACACCACCACGCAGACAGUGGAUGCUGCACUUUACACCGCACUUAUCACAGCACCCGUCUACAAGAACACCGUCACAAACUGGAACAACAUUUACAAAAACUUCGACAUCAAGGUCUCUGGCCUCACCAUGGAAACCAAGUACUUCGUCUACUGCGCAGCAGAAGACGACGAGCUCGUGGAGGGUGCCACCACCAUCGACCCAGCACCUGUUUCGAACAACGAAGCCUUGCCGGUGCUCGUUGAAGCGACAGGCCGCUUCACGUUGGAUUUGACCCCACCGAUCAUCACCGUCGUCUCAAUCGCCUCCAACAGCGAAACGACGGCGACCGUGACGUUGCAACUGGACGAGCCUGGAACAGCUUGGUGUACAGCUGUCCGGGACCAGUUCACACCUCCAAGCAUCAACCAGAUCAUCGCGGCAAGCUUCUCUUCGACAGUGCUGACGGCAGCCACGGACUUCACGGUCCAGGUGCAAGCUGUUUCGACGAUGGCCAUGGCAGCACAUCCGGCGAAAAAAGCCAAGAUGGACAACGGGGCAGCAGGCAUCGGUCCCAUGGUCACGGGAGGAACAGUUUCCUGGGAUCGGGACGGCAUGCCCUUCUUCUCCAUGGGUGCAGGCACACUACGUGUUCCCAUGGCGAUGCAUGCCGCUCACCGGCAGAAGCUUUGCCAGGUUCUGCGCGAGAGAGCGGAAAUCGGUAGAGAUGCGGUGAUCUUCCUUCAAGGAGGCAAAGAGGCCAGCGUCUACGACACGGACACCAACUGGGAUUUCAAGCAGGAGAGCAACUUCCAGUACCUCUUCGGAGUCAAGGAUUGGGCACACCCAACGUGGGACGCAGCUUGCUGGCAGCUUGCUUUCCGUGAAGCAAACCCAGCUUUGGAGUCCUGCACUGGAAGCUUAGUCUCGGACAUGGAGCCCGACUGCUUUGCCGCUUUGCGUGUUCGCGACGCGCAUGCGGUGCUCUUUAUCCCCAGGAUGGACAACAUCUACCAGGCCUGGUGCGGUCCCAUCAAGCCGCCGGCCUGGUUCGAGAAAGCCUACAGCAUCGAGGAGGUCGCACAUACUGAUGAGAUCCAGCAGACGCUGCUAGACUUGGGUGCCAAGGAGCUUCUUUUCGUCCGUGGGUCGCCCAACAGAGACUCCGGUCUCCAACUGGAAGAACCCACUUUCGAUGGCAAGGAUACGUUUCAACUCAACAGCAAAGGCAGCAGUGCGCUGUGGGAUGAGCUGAACGAAAUUCGCUCAGUGAAGGACGAAGAGGAGCUAAAGCUGCUUCAGUGGACGAAUGACGUGUCUUCAGAGGCACACAUUGAGACCAUGCGGGCGGUGAAGGGUGGUCAACGGGAGCACCUGGCAGAGGCCACCUUCAAGUACAAGGCCGCCCUCCACGGCUGCUUCCGUGUGGGCUACAGCUGCAUCUGCGGCUCGGGCAGGCGUAAUGCCAUCCUCCACUACGGCCACGCUGCCGAGCCAAACUCUGAGCUUGUGGAGCCAGGGUCCCUGAGACUGCUUGACAUGGGGGCAGAAUACCACGGGUACACUGCCGAUGUAACCUGCUCCUGGCCAGUGAGUGGACGGUUUAGCGGACCACAGCGCGUGGUCUACGAGGCAACACCAUCGCUCCUGUCUGUCUGCCUGGGCGAGCAUGCAGAACAUGUGUAUGUGCAUGUGCAUGCACACGCACAUGCAUGGAACUCUUGCUUGUGCAGGCAUCUCAAGAUGAAGUGCAAGUAG